CGCGUGUCUCUGAGUUGGUUUGUUCUGAAAGGAUACGGACGAUCAGGAAGUGGAGGGCGGUGGUUGGGUGAAAAAGUACCGUCGGUUGAGCAGCUGUGAAGUUUGGUUUCAGGUAUAUCUGCAAAAUGGCAAGCAAAAAAACCAAGGUAAAAACUGCAAGGAAGCGCCCACAGCGCGCCACCUCCAAUGUCUUCGCCAUGUUUGACCAGUCACAGAUCCAGGAGUUCAAGGAGGCCUUCAAUAUGAUUGACCAGAACCGUGAUGGCUUUGUUGACAAAGAUGACCUUCAUGACAUGCUCGCCUCACUAGGAAAAAAUCCUACUGACAGUUACCUGGAGACCAUGAUGAAUGAAGCUCCUGGGCCCAUUAACUUCACUAUGUUCCUCACAAUGUUUGGAGAGAAGCUGAAUGGCACAGAUCCAGAAGAUGUGAUCAGAAAUGCUUUUGCUUGCUUUGAUGAAGAGGGCACAGGUUUCAUCCAUGAAGAUGUGCUCAGAGAGCUGCUCACAACAAUGGGUGACCGGUUCACAGAUGAGCAAGUGGACGAGCUUUUCAGGGAGGCCCCCAUUGACAAGAAGAGCAACUUCAACUACAUGGAGUUCACGCGCAUCCUAAAACACGGUGCAAGGGAUAAGGAUGAUUAAUUGGCUGUACCAGCCGGUACUGUUCCUCUUCUCUCUCAUCAGUGCUGUGCAUCUCAACCCUGAGUUAACCAAAGCAAUAACUACCCACCAUACUUGUUGUGAACUUCCAGAAUUGCCAAACUUGCAGUAAAGUAAAAAAAAAAAAUAAAUAAAAAUUUUAAGAAGUUGUCAAAAUGUU